AUGGCUGAGGACCCCGCCGGAAUGAGCAAAUGGCGUCAGAAGUGGUAUCAGGUGUUUCGAGAAAGACAUAUUGAGGAUUUUUUGAAACAUGUAGAAGCAGAUAAUGAGCUCCCAACCUCUACCUGCAACCCAACACCAAACAUUUGUGCUCAUUCUCAAUUCCCAAAACUUCCUCAACUGUUUCCCAUGUCUAUCAGGAUGCUGGAUGACCAGGAUGUUCAACCGGGACCUUCGAAUCCUAGGAGAGAACCAGAUGGCGCAGACGAAGGAGCCAACCAACCCGGAACGGCGAGACAAGAACAGGAGGAGCCGAGAGAAGAGAAUCAACCAGGAGAGAAUCAAGCGGAAAACCGUAGAAAUCGGAAUCGAAUAAAUGUCAUCGAUGAUUAUCCAAUGCCACGACGUCAUGCUCGAGAAAACCUAGGCUGCUGGACAAACGUCGAAAUUUGGUGUGGAGGAGGUGUCCCGGUACUCAGACUUGAGACUCCAACGGCGGAGCCUAGAAUUGAGGCAAGAGUCGAACCGAAUGUUUUUAGCAGGACGUGGGCUAGAAUUAAAAGAUUUUGGAAUGGAGCAGAGGUUGGCGUCAUCGGGGAUCCACCACCAGCAGCCCAUCCAGAUGAGAAUGCUCCGGCUGCCGAUGCUGAUCCACCUGUUGAGAUCGAUCCAACAAUGCGUCUAGCUGUACCAAAACCGAAUCUUAAUCCUCUUGUACCACCGCUACCUAUCGGUCAGCAGCCAGAGCCUAAUAAUCUUGGAAACAACCCAGAUCUCGUCAAAAUGUCUGAUGACGAAGGAAGCUCCUCCAACCAUCAACGCCCGGACAGAUUUGCGGAAUAUGAUGUUGUCGAUUUUUGCUAUCACAUUGAUCCAUCAACGUUCAGUGGAGAACCGAGACUGCCAAAUAUCACAGGACAAGAAGUUAUUCCUAGUUUUUUACACUAUGUGAGAAGAAAAUGGCACAACACUCCGGAAAUUGUGGUGACUCCGCCUCCGAAUACGAAUCAGAUUUUUGAUCAUCCGUCGGAUCUAUUUUUCGCUCCGAAUCCAAGACCUCCGAGAUUUACUCUCCAGAUUCCAGAACAAGUUUAUGAACGUGGAGAUCGACCAGUACGAGAAUCAAGAGAAGGAGAAUCACAAGAUGAACCCAGAAUUCAAGUUCAGAAUCUAGUUGCCCCAUUGGAUUCUAAUGAUCCAGGACCAAAUGCUCCAUCGGUGGAGACGACAGACGUGUUCGGACCAUUACAAGAUAUUUCGAUAUGA